AUGCACCUCGGCGGAGAGCGGUAUCAGUUCAUUGCUGUGGGAACAGGCGCUAUCAAUCACGGCGUGCCCUUUGGGAGACUGGUCAUCCUCACUCUGCACCAAGGCGAAAAUAAUACUGUUGCUGUGAGAAGGAGAUACCACAUGAUCUGCGAUGACACGGUAUACUCGGUGGCGCCGUAUGGAACUAGUUCUUUGGUUUGCUGUACCGGGAAUAUGCUGUGCUUUAAGGAUUUUAAUGCGAAGACGAAGAAGCUGGAGAUAGUAGCACAGGUGAAGCUUCGAAGCCCAGCAGUACAGAUUUCGGUCUCUGAACCGUUGAUCUGUGUUUCCUGUGCGAUGGACUCGGUUCUGGUGAUCAAGUAUGAGAAUGGAAGGUUAUUCGAAUGCUUCAGCGACGAGAUUGCCAGGAACGGCUUCUACAUCACCAAGCUUUUGGAGGACCUACUCAUAGCUACAGACAAGCAGUACGGCGUCGUGGGCCUGUGGCGGCCCCCCAUAGACAACCGCGCGCUGCAAUCCCUCAAAACCAUCUUCGAAGCCGAGCUCGACUCCAGCGUCUCGCGCAUCCGCCGCGGGAUCUGCCGUCCGCCAUGGGUUCCGCACGACCGGCACCUCCCCGGCAUCGUCGGCGGCGGCUCCAACCUGAUCGCCGCAGGCGUCGACGGCUCCUUCUUCCAGCUGACAGUAAUCGACGAGUCCGCGCUGCGGCUCCUGCAGCUGCUACAGGACCUGUACCGGCCCCGCCACCAGGCAGAGGAGGCAUACAUGAUGGUCGCCGAGGACAUGACCGGGCUCGCGGAAUGGGAGCGCGAUCCGACAAAGGCGCACAUCAACGGCGACGCACUCGCGCCAAUCGUGGAGCUCGGCGCGCCGUGGUUAAGGGAGGCCGUCGCGAGAGCGGAGAAUACGCUCGCGGAUGGGUUUGUGGCCCUCGCGAGGAGGACCGUCAACCCGAAGAGGACGGAGGACGUCUUUGAGGCUGUCAUCAACUGGGUCGAUGGGUUGCUGAAUGAUGCCGUUUUGUGA